GUUAGAUCGAGCGUUGAAACUUGUAAACAUCUAGCACUUACUUGGCUACACUCGGCGCGACAAGCUCGGACCCGUGCUCAUCAAGCAGUCAAGCUUCUGAAAGCUUUGAAGGUUGAUUGUAGGUCGGUCGCGUAAUCCCUUGACAUGUUUCAGCCUCAGUAUCUCGUACUUAGGUGCGGUACUGCCGAGACCGGCAGAACUGUGCGCACCUGGGCUUGGAUAUGAUUGGAUCAAGAUUCAAGAUCACUGGCAGAGUAGAAUCCCGAUGAGCACCCAAAGAAUCGACCACUGGGAGCUUUUGAGCUCUGUCGCAGUGUUCUUCCUGUACUUGUCAUGGCAAUUUUCAUCCAGCAAGACUUUUUGCAAGCCUAAAAUGCCUCUCCGUACCAGUGGUGCCGGCAGCUGUACAUACUCGCUUCAAGUACGACUCCACGAGACUGGUCAGACUACGCACAAAUUAGCAUUGAGAAGAAAUCUGCUUGGAUGGACAUGGGUGUAAACAAACCAAUUACCGAGGCGCGUAUCGCUCAAUCACAGUGUCCAGGCUGGAGCAUUUGAGCCCUACGACGGUGGUUUCUGGUCCCGCCCGAGUCAGAUACUCCUCGGACAUCGGAUGGCGAGGGUGAUAGAUCACACAGUCGAAACGCGCCCGCGUUUCACGCCAAGGUCAUAUUUAUCAUUCACGUAAUGAAUUUAUUCUUUACGGCUACAUGCUCCAGACCACGGACUAGCCAUCGGUUACAAUUUUGAU